CUCCCCAGGCGGAGCCUGUCCCUGCCUGACCGCGCUGCGGCUCGGCCCUGAGACUGAUUCAGAAAACAUGGCUACUGCAAUUAGGGAGGUGGGAAUUUGGAGACAGACCAGAACACUCCUACUGAAGAAUUACCUAAUCAAAUGCAGGACUAAAAAAAGUAGUGUUCAGGAAAUUCUUUUUCCAUUAUUUUUUUUAUUUUGGUUAAUAUUAAUUAGUAUGAUGCAUCCAAAUAAGAAAUACGAAGAAGUGCCUGACAUAGAACUUAACCCUAUGGACAAAUCUAUUCUGUCUAACCUAAUUCUGGGAUAUACUCCAGUGACUAAUAUUACAAGAAACAUCAUGCAAAAAGUUUCUACUGACCACCUUCCUGAGGUUAUAAUUACUGAGGAAUAUGCAACUGAAAGAGAAUUGUUAGUAUCCAGUCUUUCUAAACCCAACAACUUUGUGGGUGUGGUUUUCAAAGACUUCAUGUCCUAUGAACUUCGUUUUUUUCCUGAUAUGAUUCCAGUGUCUUCUGUUUAUAUGGAUUCAAGAGCUGGCUGUUCAACAUCGUGUGAGGCUGCUCAGUACUGGACCUCAGGGUUCACAGUUUUACAAGCAUCCAUAGAUGCAGCCAUUAUACAGCUGAAGACCAAUGUUUCCUUUUGGAAGGAACUGGAGUCAACUAGAGCUGUCAUUAUGGGAGAAACUUCUGUGGUUGAGAUAGAUACCUUUCCCCGAGGAGUUAUUUUAAUAUACCUAGUUAUAGCAUUUUCACCUUUUGGAUACUUUUUGGCAAUUCAUAUCGUAGCAGAAAAAGAGAAAAAGUUAAAGGAGUUUUUAAAGAUAAUGGGACUUCAUGACACUGCCUUUUGGCUUUCCUGGGUUCUUCUGUAUACAAGUUUGAUUUUUCUUAUGUCCCUUCUUAUGGCAGUCAUUGCAACAGCUUCUUCGUUAUUCCCUCAAAGUAGCUGUGUUGUGAUAUUUCUACUUUUUUUCCUGUAUGGGUUAUCGUCUAUAUUUUUUGCUUUAAUGCUGACACCUCUUUUUAAAAAAUCAAAACACGUGGGAAUAGUUGAAUUUUUAGUCACCGUGGCUUUCGGAUUUGUUGGCCUUUUGAUAGUCUUCAUGGAAAGUUUUCCCAAAUCAUUAGUGUGGCUUUUCAGUCCUUUCUGUCAGUGUACUUUUUUGAUUGGUAUUGCACAGGUCAUGCACUUAGAAGAUUUUAAUGAAGGUGCUUUAUUUUCUAAUUUGGCUGAAGGCCCAUAUCCUCUAAUUAUUACUAUUGUCAUUCUAGCACUUAAUAGUGUAUUCUAUGUCCUCUUGGCUAUCUAUCUUGAUCAAGUCAUUCCAGGGGAAUUUGGCUUACGGAGAUCAUCUUUUUAUUUUCUAAAGCCAUCAUAUUGGUCAAAAAGCAAAAGAAAUUAUAAGGAGUUAUCAGAAGGCAAUGUUAAUGGGAAUAUUAGUUUUAGUGAAAUUGUUGAGCCUGUUUCUUCAGAAUUUAUGGGAAAAGAAGCCAUAAGAAUCAGUGGUAUUCAGAAGACAUACAGAAAGAAAGGUGAAAAUGUGGAGGCUUUGAGAAAUUUGUCAUUUGACAUAUAUGAGGGUCAGAUUACUGCAUUACUUGGCCACAGUGGAACAGGAAAGAGUACAUUGAUGAAUAUUCUUUGUGGACUAUGCCCGCCUUCUGAUGGAUUUGCAUCUAUAUAUGGACACAGAGUCUCAGAAAUAGAUGAGAUGUUCGAAGCAAGAAAAAUGAUUGGCAUUUGUCCACAGUUAGAUAUACAUUUUGAUGUUUUGACAGUAGAAGAAAACUUAUCCAUUUUGGCUUCAAUCAAAGGAAUACCAGCCAAUAAUGUAAUACAAGAGGUGCAGAAGGUUUUACUGGAUUUAGACAUGCAGGCUAUCAAAGAUAAUCAAGCUAAAAAGUUAAGUGGUGGUCAAAAAAGAAAACUGUCUUUAGGAAUUGCUGUUCUUGGGAAUCCAAAGAUAUUAUUGCUGGAUGAACCAACAGCUGGAAUGGACCCCUGUUCUCGCCAUAUUGUUUGGAAUCUUCUGAAAUAUGGAAAAUCUAAUCGGGUAACAGUAUUUAGUACUCAUUUCAUGGAUGAAGCUGAUAUUCUUGCUGAUAGGAAAGCUGUCAUAUCACAAGGAAUGUUGAAAUGUGUUGGUUCUUCAAUUUUUCUCAAAAGUAAAUGGGGGAUUGGCUACCGCCUAAGCAUGUACAUAGACCGAUACUGUGCCACUGAAUCUCUUUCUUCCCUGGUUAAGCAACAUAUACCUGGAGCUACCUUAUUACAACAGAAUGACCAACAACUUGUAUAUAGUUUGCCUUUUAAGGACAUGGACAAAUUUGCAGGUUUAUUUUCUGCUCUAGACACUCAUUCAAAUUUGGGUGUAAUUUCUUACGGUGUUUCAAUGACGACUUUGGAAGAUGUGUUCUUAAAGCUGGAAGUUGAAGCAGAAAUUGACCAAGCAGAUUAUAGUAUAUUUACUCAGCAGCCACCAGAGGAAGAAAUGGAUUCAAAAUCUUUUGAUGAAAUGGAGCAGAGCUUACUUAUUCUUUCUGAAACCAAGGCUUCUCUUGUGAGCACCAUGAGCCUUUGGAAACAACAGGUGUAUACAAUAGCAAAGUUUCAUUUGCUUACCUUGAAAAGGGAAAGUAAAUCAGUAAGAUCAGUGUUGCUUCUGCUUUUAAUUUUUUUUGCAGUUCAGAUUUUUAUGUUUUUGGUGCACCGCUCUUUUAAAAAUGCUGUGGUUCCCAUCAAACUUGUUCCAGACUUAUAUUUCCUAAAAACUGGAGAUAAACCUCAUAAAUACAAAACAAGUCUGCUUCUUCAAAAUUCUACUGACUCUGAUAUCAGUGACCUUACGAGCUUUUUCACAAGCCAGAACAUAAUGGUGACAAUGUUUAAUGACAGUGACUAUGUGUCUGCUGCUCCCCAUAGUGCAGCUUUAAAUGUGAUGUAUUCUGAAAAGGACUAUGUUUUUACAGCUGUUUUCAACAGUACUAUGGUUUGUUCUUUACCUGUAUUGAUGAAUAUUAUCAGUAAUUAUUAUCUUUAUCAUUUAAAUGUGACUGAAAGCAUCCAGGUCUGGAAUACCCCAUUCUUUCAAGAAAUUACAGAUAUAGUUUUUAAAAUUGAGCUGUAUUUUCAAGCAGCUCUUCUGGGAAUCAUUGUUACUGCAAUGCCGCCUUACUUUGCCAUGGAAAAUGCAGAGAAUCAUAAGAUCAAAGCUUAUACCCAGCUUAAACUUUCAGGACUUUUGCCAUCUGCAUAUUGGAUUGGACAAGCUAUUGUUGAUAUCCCCUUAUUUUUUCUUGUUCUUAUUUUGAUGCUAGGAAGUUUAUUUGCGUUUCAUUAUGGAUUAUAUUUUUAUGCUAUAAAAUUCCUUUCUGUGGUUUUUUGCCUUAUUGGUUAUGUUCCAUCAGUCAUUCUGUUUACCUAUGUUAUCUCCUUCACUUUUAAAAAAAUUUUGAAUACCAAAGAGUUUUGGUCAUUUAUCUAUUCUGUGACAGCAUUGGCUUGCAUUGCAAUCACCGAAAUAACAUUCUUUAUGGGAUACACAGUUACGGCUGUUCUUCAUUAUACCUUUUCCAUAGUCAUUCCAAUCUAUCCACUUCUAGGUUGUCUGAUUUGUUUCAUAAAGAUUUCUUGGAAGAAUAUUCGAAAAAAUGAAGACACCUAUAAUCCAUGGGAUAGGCUUUUGGUGGCUGUUGUAUCGCCUUACCUGCAGUGCGUGCUCUGGGUUUUCCUCUUACAGUACUAUGAGAAAAAAUAUGGAGGCAGGUCAAUAAGAAAGGACCCUUUUUUCAGGACUCUUUCAACAAAGUCCAAAAAUAGGAAGUAUCCAGAACCACCAAGCAAUGAGGAUGAAGAUGAAGAUGUCAAAGCUGAAAGACUAAAGGUCAAAGAGCUAAUGAGUUGCCAGUGUUGUGAGGAGAAGCCAGCCAUUAUGGUCAGCAAUUUGCAUAAAGAAUAUGAUGACAAGAAAGAUUUUCUUCUUACAAGAAAAGUAAAGAAAGUGGCAACUAAAUAUGUCUCUUUUUGUGUGAAAAAAGGAGAGAUCUUGGGGCUCCUGGGUCCAAAUGGUGCAGGCAAAAGCACAAUUAUCAAUACUCUGGUUGGUGAUAUUGAGCCAACUUCAGGCCAGGUAUUUCUUGGAGAUUAUUCUUCAGAGCCAACUGAUGGUGAUGAUUCCGUUAAGUAUAUGGGAUACUGUCCUCAGAUAAACCCACUGUGGCCGGAUAUUACAUUGCAGGAACAUUUUGAAAUUUAUGGAGCUGUGAAAGGAAUGAGCUCAAGUGACAUGAAAGAAGUCAUAACUCGGAUAACAAAUGCACUUGAUUUAAAAGAACACCUUCAGAAAACUAUAAAGAAACUACCUACAGGAAUCAAGCGAAAGUUGUGUUUUGCCCUGAGUAUGCUGGGGAAUCCUCACAUUACCCUGUUAGAUGAACCAUCUACUGGUAUGGAUCCUAAAGCGAAACAGCACAUGUGGCGAGCAAUUCGAACUGCAUUUAAAAAUAAAAAACGGGCUGCUAUUCUGACCACUCAUUACAUGGAGGAAGCAGAGGCUGUCUGUGACCGGGUGGCCAUCAUGGUAUCUGGGCAGUUAAGAUGUAUUGGGACUGUCCAGCAUCUGAAGAGUAAAUUUGGAAAAGGCUACUUUUUGGAAAUAAAGUUAAAGGACUGGAUAGAAAACCUAGAAGUAGACCGCCUUCAAAGAGAAAUACAGUAUAUUUUCCCAAAUGCAAGCCGUCAAGAGAGUUUUUCUUCUAUUUUGGCUUAUAAGAUUCCUAAGGAAGAUGUUCCAUCCCUUUCACAAUCUUUUUCUAAGCUGGAAGAAGCUAAACAUACUUUUGCCUUUGAAGAAUACAGCUUUUCUCAAGCAACAUUGGAACAGGUUUUUGUAGAACUCACUAAAGAACAAGAGGAAGAAGAUAACAGUUGUGGAACCUUAAACAGCACGCUUUGGUGGGAAAGAACGCAGGAAGACAGAGUAGUGUUCUGAAGCAGUUCAGUCUGCUUACUGAAUUUAUUUUAACUCUGGUUUAAAAGGUGUAUUAUUUGGAUGGUGACUGAAGAACCAUGAAAGCACUUGGGAUUUUCCUAAUUUCCUUGACUGAAAUGCUGUGGUUUUGUGUUUUGCUUUUCUUUAAAUAAAACUUGUGUAUAAAUAAUUGAAACUGCAUGUUUGUACAUGAAAUAUAUUGAACUUCAGUCUGUAUGUGAGGUCUAAUACUUACUUUUUUACUUCUCAGAAACAGUGCUUUUAAAUUUAUGAUUUAAAGAAAUAGUGAUAGAAUAAUUUUAUCUUUAAUGGUUAUCUUUAUUUUUAAAUUUAUACUAUCUUAACGUAAGUAUGUGAUAUCCCAGUCUAAAUAAAAAGAACUAAAACAUAAAUAAUAUAUAGAAAAGAAAUAUAAAGCAAAACUUCCUUGCUUCUCCUUUUUAAUUUCCAAAGAAACUGAGUGGAAGUUGGCAUCCCAGAAAGCAAUAAAGACCAGAUAAUCUCUAUGUAGGUAGAGAUUUCCAGGCAGCGACAUCCACGAGGCGGCACUUACUCAUCAUGAUAAAUGAAACGAGACCUUAUUCUAUCAGGUGAUGUUAGACAUAGAUGAUUUAGGUCUUUGAAAAAACAUUUCUUUUGCUUACACUAAAAUUCACAGGCUUUUAAAUUAUAAUACAAUUAAAGGAAGACUUUGUGUAGAGUCUUGUUAUGUAAUAGCCUGAUUGCCCUUAGAAUGACAUCAUCUACACAAUUGGAAGACUCGCCGUACCUUUUCCUGUACCCCUCAUGGAAUAUAUAAAUUUUUUUAUCAUCUUUCUCCCAAAGGCACAUUAUAUUUUGUUACAGAAUAAAAU